AUGAUUCCAAUUCCUACGGCUCAAUUGCUGCCACAGACAGCUGCGGACAUUUUGCCACGCUCCUACAUACCAAAUAAAGACCCCAACACUGGAAUGGACACGACUAAUGCUGAAUGUGCAUAUUGUCACAAGAAUUUAUUCGAGAAAGACAUUGUAAAGCAGCCGCAAUGUGGUCAUUUGUUCCACGCUAACUGCAUUGAAAACCACUUGCAAAAGAGUAAUUCCUGCUCUGUAUGCCACAUGCAGGUGCUGUUCCCGGCUGUGGCUGCCGGGUCGGUCUAUCCUUCAACUCAAUUGCCUCCGCGUGUAGUCCCGAUGGCAACCGCUUUUACGCCAGCGGAAGGCACCAAUUCAAGCGACUAUGCAAUGUGUCGAGAGUGUGGACAGCCGUUCUACCGGGACCCGAACAAGGUCCGACCUGAGACUAAUGCAUGGUAUCGCUGCCACCGUUGCGCACAGACAGACAUUGUUGACUUUAUUCGAGGCAGUUUUUGUAUCUUGCAGUGA